CUCUCUCCCACCGUUUGCCUCAAAUCUAACUCUCUCCUUCUCUCUCUCUGAAAACCCUAAACUUUCUGCAACAGUUUCAAUGGCAAACGCAGCAUCUGGGAUGGCUGUGCAUGAUGACUGUAAGUUGAAGUUUCUAGAUUUGAAGGCAAAACGGACUUACCGCUUCAUUGUUUACAAGAUUGAGGAGAAGCAAAAGCAGGUUGUGGUUGAAAAGGUUGGUGAACCAAGUCAGAGUUAUGAGGAUUUCUCUGCCUGCCUACCUGCUGAUGAAUGCCGAUAUGCUGUCUAUGACUUUGAUUAUGUGACUGAAGAGAACUGCCAGAAGAGCCGCAUUAUUUUCAUUGCUUGGUCCCCUGACAUAUCAAGGGUGAGAAGCAAGAUGAUAUACGCCAGUUCGAAGGACAGGUUCAAGAGAGAGUUGGAUGGCAUACAGGUUGAGUUGCAAGCUACUGAUCCGACGGAGAUGGGGCUUGAUGUGAUUAGAAGCCGCGCUAAUUAAAGCUCAAGCAUUGGUAAUUCAAUUGGGAGGCUCCUUUAUACUAUCUGGUCUCUAUGUGACAUGUUUAUAGCUUAUGGAGAUGAAUUUGUCUUUACUAUUGUAUUCGGUUGGUGACAUGAUAUGUGGAUAAUUGGUACCUCAUUCGGUGUGAAAUACAAACUUAUGGUCGAUUUCCCCAAUA